AUGAGCAAAGUUAAAAAGGAUAGGGAGGAUGAUCAAGUGAUUAGGUUUCUAGAUGGCUUAAAUGAUGAAUAUGAAACCAUAAAAUCUGGUGCACUUGUUAUGGAUCCCCUGCCUAGUAUGGAGAAAGCUCUGAAUAUGACUUUGAAACUGGAAAGAAAACUCAAUGGUUCCAGUAGCUACAAGACUUCUGAAAUUGUUCAAUCCAAUGCUGUUCAGAACCAAGUUGGGGAUGACCAGAAUGUUGUGGCAAUGACUAGCUCAAAUAAUAAGAAGAAGUUUAAUGGUUAUGGAGGGAAGAAUGUGCCAAAGUGUACAUAUUGUGGAAUGAAUGGUCAUACCAUAGAUAAAUGCUUUAAGAAACAUGGAUACCCCCCUGGAUGGAUACCUGGUUAUAAAUCUAAGUAUAAACAGAACCAAAGCAGUCAGGACAGUCAACAUGGCUUCAAUCCCUCUGUGAAUCAAGUUGCAGAUGUGGGGCUGUCUGCUGACCAGUUUCAGAAGCUGGUAUCUCUCCUGCAAAACCAGAAUCAAGGAAGCCAAGUUAACCAAGCUUCCACCAAUGCUGCCAUCACCAUGAGCAAGACUGGUAUGAGGCAAGAGUUCACCAAUUCAUCUAAUGACACAAAAGAAGGCAGGUUUAUUCCUAACUUUCACAUAAAUGCUGUUUUAAGCUGUGCAAAAAUGUGGAUUCUGGAUUCAGGAGCAACUGAUCACAUCACUUGUUCCUUGGAUUAUAUUGAUAAUUAUCACAAAGUCUUUGGUAUUUUUGUUAAGAUGCCAAAUGGAGAUUCUGUGCAAGUGACACAUAUAGGGGAAAUAAGACUGUUUCCCAAUCUUCUGUUGAAAAAUGUCUUGUGCAUACCCUCUUUUGCUUUUAACAUAAUUUCUGCUAGCAAAUUGACAAAACAAAAUGGAUGUACUCUUGUCAUGAAUGCUGAUUUGUGUGAUAUUCAGGGGCUACAUGGGAUAAUGGAUGGUUUUGCUAGGGCAAAGGAUGGACUCUACCUUCUAAGUCAUCCUCCUGCUAAAAGAAGACAGUGUGUUGACAUUGAUAAAUACUGUAAUAGCUUAUCCUUGCAAAUGUGGCAUAAUAGAUUAGGGCAUUACCCUAUAGACAAGAUUCAUAGUCUGAGUGGAAUAAAGCAGAUUCAGUUUCAUAAGCCUGUUGAUUUUGUAUGUGACACAUGUCAUUUUGCCAAACAAAAGAGAUCAGUUUUUCCUAUUAGUAAUACAAGAGCUGAAAAGUGUUUUGAUUUGAUGCAUUUAGAUGUUUGGGGCCCUUUUGCUGUUGCUUCACUAAAAAGGGAACACUAUUUCCUCACCAUAGUUGAUGAUUACAGCAGGUUUACUUGGAUACACUUGAUGAAAACCAAGUCUGAAGUUAAGCAAUUAUUUUAG